GCGAGUCCGUCGGCAGCAUGUUGCAGGGGCCUGGACCGCGCUCCCCGGAGGUGCGACCAGCAUCUUCCUCACCAUCCAGCACACAGUGACGGGCUGUCCCAGAGGGGAAAUGCAUCCUGAAUGGGGCUGAGGCCCCCUGCGCGGGAAUAUGCGGCCUCGGCACUGCAGGGGCAGCACCAGGGCAGCGGCCGGCACGCAGCGGCAUGGUGGCAACGUUCAAGAUCGCCGUGCUGGGAGCCCAGGGCGUGGGCAAGAGCGCCAUAGUCCGGCAGUUCCUCUACAACGAGUUCAGCGAGGUCUGCGUGCCCACCACGGCCCGCCGCGUCUACCUGCCCGCUGUCGUCAUGAACGGCCACGUCCACGACCUGCAGAUCAUGGACUUCCCCCCCAUCACCGCCUUCCCUGUCAACACCCUGCAGCUUCGAGUACAUCAAAACCAUCCGCCAGCAGAUCCUGGAAACGAGGGUCAUCGGCACUUCGGAGACGCCCAUCAUCAUCGUGGGCAACAAGCGGGACCUGCAGCGGGGCCGAGUGAUCCCGCGCUGGAACGUCUCCAACCUGGUGAAGAAGACGUGGAAGUGCGGCUACAUCGAGUGCUCGGCCAAGUACAACUGGCACAUCCUGCUGCUCUUCAGCGAGCUCCUCAAGAGCGUGGGCUGCGCCCGCUGCAAGCACGUCCACACCACCAUCCGCUUCCAGGGCGCCCUGCGCAGGAACCGAUGCACCAUCAUGUGAGCCCCCCCGCCCCGACGGACUGUCCUCGGGGACCCCGGCCCCCGGCGUCGCUGCUCUCUUCGGGGGUGAUGCUGCGGUGGGAGCCGUGCCGGGGUUUGCCUCCCCGCCGGUGCUGGCACCCUGCAGUGACAGUGACAUUUGGGGAUGAGGCACCUCGGGCGGUGCUGGGCAGGGUGAUGCGGUGGCCACCGGCGAGUUGGAGUGGAUGAGUGGCCGGGCUGCCUGGAGGGGAGGACCUUGGUGCUCUGGGCCAAAGCCAUCCCAGGGCGGGUGUUUGUGUUUCUGCGGUGCCUGAAAUGCUGUGUGGCACCCGGGGAGUGGAGGAGAUGUCUCAGACAGUGCCCAGAGGUUGGCUGUUGGGUCUGUCCUUGCUGGCUCCUGCCCUGGCACCGCAGGGGCAAUGCUGGCUGCAGCCUGCCAUCGCUUGCCCCUGGAAGGAAAUUUCCCAGCACCUGCGUCCCGAUGUGCCGGGGGUGGCUCCAUCCCUGGGGCACGGUGGAGAUGGGAGUCCCGUUUUCCUCCCUGUGGAGCUGGAAUUUCUCCCCUUGGAGGGCAGAGCCGCCUCCAGCAAGAGGCCAUGUUACAGAGGCUCUCUUUUGGCUCAGUUGGGUCAGAUUUCCAGGUGGAAUUUCUGAAUGAAGGCAAGGAAGGGGAAAAAAAUAAAGCCCCCAUCCUGCCCCUUACACCUCCCUGGGGUGCCGGGUGCUGCUUCCCCAGGGCUUCGAGCCCCCCUUCUGCCCCGGUUCAGCCAAGGAAGGUUCCUCCUCCCCCACCAGCCUGUCGAACACCAAAUAAUCUCAAAACACUUCUUGCCGGGCAGGUCACCCCUCCGCUACCUCGCGUCCCGGGCUCAGCAGGCCACCGGCUUUGCACGGCUCCAACCCAAACCCCCGGCAUCUCCGGGCAGGCAGGCAGCCCCCCCGUGCCAUCGCACCCCACCAGCGGGCCGUGAGGCAGCUCUGAGCCGUGCUGGGCUUUCCCACGGCCACACUCGCCUCCAUCCACGCGACGGCGGCGCGAAGGCAGCCUCCAAAGCAAUAGGGAGCUGGAGUUGCAUUCCUUUUUUUUUUUUUUUUUUU